GCGAAUCGCGAAUAGACUCACCGUGGUCGUCGUCGAGAGUCGAAACCGUCGAAACGCGAUGAGUAUCGAGAUCGAGCUGAUCGUGCUAGUAAAAGUCAGUAAAAGUCAGUAAAAGUUGGUUAAAAUAGUGCAGGAGGAGGUUGUCGAAAAAAAGAUCGUUCUAUGCGCGGCGCUCGGCUAGCAUCGAAAGUGAUCGAGGAGGCAUGUCACCGCACCGAUCUUUCUCCGCGGAAAAUCAGCAGUAGUACAUCCGUGAACGUCCGUUUACCCGUCCGUUCGACGACACGUUCGAUCGGCAGAAGCGUCUGCUACAACAAACUCUCGGUAAGAACCAUGAAAAGAUUGGUCAACGACGUCGAUGACGCCGUCACGGAGUCCCUUCACGGCUUGUCUUUCGCAUAUCCACAAUUCGAGUAUCAAGUCUCCCACAGAGUCGUUUUGAUACCCAAGCUCGAGGAUCGGAAGAAAAAAGUGUCUCUGAUAUGUGGCGGCGGAAGCGGUCACGAACCAUUCGCAGCGGGCUACGUUGGACGCGGUAUGUUAACCGCUGCUGUGGCAGGUUCGAUUUACGCCGCACCACCAUCGAUGCACAUAUCGUACGCGAUAGACCGUGUCUCCGCACACGAUAAGACUGGAAUUUUGAUGAUAGUUCCGAAUUAUACCGGAGACUGUUUAAACUUUGGAAUAGCCGUCGAGCGAGCGAGGCAAGAGGAUUUGAACAUUGCAGAGAUAAUCGUGAACGAGGAUUGCAGCAUACCAAAGGAAAAUCUGAGCUUGGCCGGGAAACGUGGUUUGUGCGGAAUCGUGUUGAUCGUUAAAGUAGCUGGUGCGUUAGCUGAAAACGGCAUGCCGCUCGACGAGAUCUCCGAGAUCGCGCACCGCGUUCUACGAAACAUGGCCACCUAUUCGGUCGGAAUGACCGCCUGCUCGAUACCCGGUCAGCCUCCGAUGUUCCAAUUGGCGGAGGACGAGAUCGAACUUGGAAUGGGAGUUCAUGGAGAGGCAGGACACGAAAAGAGGAAGAUCGCUCCGUCGAGCCAGGUAGUCGCGCUCAUGUUGGAACGGAUCUGCGGCGCGCUGUCUUUGAAGAGCGGAGACGCGGUCGCGAUAAUCGUUAACAAUUUCGGCGCGUUGAGCCAACUUGAACAGGGAAUCGUCGUUCACGACGCGAUCAAACAUCUCCGAGGCAUGAACGUGCAGCCUCUUCGCGUAUACACCGGCCUGUUGAUGACGUCGUUGAACAGCGCCGGGGUGCAGAUUACCGUUUUAAAUUUACCCGAGAGAGACAGGAAUCUGUUUCUCAGUUGUUUAGACGCGCCCACCGAUGCUCCAAAGUGGCCUGGCUGCGCGUACAGUGUCCCCGACGAAAGCUCGACGACGCGGCAGAAGGUCCGUCAAGAUUCUGUGGUGAGAGUCGUCGAGAGGCGGGGAGUCGAGGUCGGUCCGGACAUGCAAACUUUGAUGCAACGAUGCGUGAGGAGCGCUUGCGAAGCUCUCAUCCGAGAAGAAGAUCGUCUGAACGAUCUGGACAGAGGCUGCGGAGACGGGGACACGGGAUCGACCCUUAAGAGACUCGCUACAGAAGUCCUGAGGAAAUUCAACGAGCUUCAGUUUUCGCAUCCGUCAGCAGUUUUCUCGGAACUGGCUAACAUCGCCGAGGAACGAAUGGGUGGCGCAUCCGGUGGCCUCUAUUGUUUGUACUUGACCAGUUUGAACGCAGAACUGUGCGUGCCCCAAGUUGACGGCGGCUGGCUGAAACUUUGGGCCCAAACGUUGCGCACGAGUUUAGAAAUCGUGAUGAAAUACGGAAAAGCGAAGCCGGGAGAUAGAUCGAUGGUCGACGCGCUUCACGCGUUCAGUGAAACUUUUGAGAAGACAUUGGACAAACCGUGGACAGAAAUUUGCGAUGCGGUGAAAGCAGCAACUUGGCGAGCAUGUGAAUCGACCAAGAACAUGAAAGCCAGGGUAGGACGAGCCAGUUACGUCAGAGAGGAAGAAUGUUUCCAAAAGAUGGACGCUGGUGCGUACGCGGUCGCAGUCAUCGUCGAUGCCAUAAUGAACGAGAUUAGAACUGUGUUUUAACUGCGCCGCUUGGAACGAGACGUUUUCGGCUGCGGGAUGGAAAUUUCGCUGUACUUGGCUAUCUCCGUGCAGCAGACACGUGUAAACGUGAUGAAACUUUGCUUCGUUUUCGUGUUCUGUAAACGUGAAUCUGUGCGAUGAUAAAUAAAAUUGGUCCCGAGA